AUGAGAAUCUGUAAGGCUAUUGUUGCUUUUAUUUGCCUUUGCACUCCUCUUAUUGGAGUUUUAGGUUCACCGCCUCGAAAAAUUGUUGGCGGUACUUACUCAUCACCAGAUGAAUUCCCUUAUCAGGUGUCAAUAAGAAUGAAUGGAUAUCACAUAUGUGGUGGAUCUAUUAUUUCAACUCGACAUAUAUUAACUGCAGCUCACUGUUUAUAUAACUACAUUAAUAUGUAUAAACAAAUUACGGUUGUUAGUGGAACAACGUAUUUAUAUUUAGGUGGUCAAUCUCAUUCUAUUCAAACUUUUCGAAUACAUCCUGCAUUUAUAAACAAUGCAAAUUUCCAAUUUGCCAAUGACAUUGCUGUUAUAACUGUAAGUGAACCUAAUAAAUUAUUAUUUUCUGAAUUCUUUAUAAAAGGGCUGGAAACACCCAUUAAAAUUGAUCAUUCUCAACACAUAAUAAAACUCGCAUCACAAAGUGACUAUGGCGGAUUUUAUGGUGUUGUAUCAGGUUGGGGAAAGACCAGUUAUAGUGAAGAGAAGACUUUUCCGUAUUUGUUGAAAUUAGUGACAAAUGUUAUAAACGCAACUUACUGUCAAGAAAUACUAAGUAGACAACUUUAUAGUUCACAAGUAUGUGCGCUUGCAUUCUCUGCGUCCGGCACCUGUCAGGGUGACAGUGGUGGUCCAUUGGCUGUUGGUAAUGAACUUGUUGGAAUCGUAUCAUUUGGAUUUAAAUGUGGAGCUGGUUUUCCAGAUGUCUAUACCUCAAUUUAUGCUUACAGAACAUUUAUCGAAGAAGUUAUAAGGGAAAGUGGAUUUUCUAACGAAAUUCUGUAUCCGAAAACGUAUGAUAAUUCCAAUAUUGCUAGAAAGAUUGUAACUAAGGUACAACAUCCCACUACCUUAUCAGACAAUGUUACAAUUUCACAUAAUAAAAUUUAUUACCUAUUUAAAAAUGGUCAAUGGUUUCAAGUCCAGCAUCAGUAA